AUGUUCAAGCACCACCAUAUAUUCAGUCUGGUUAGCAUAGAAGCACUUACACAUUGUAGAAGGCUACAUUACACACAGCCACGAUUAGGCUUAUUCGGUAAUGGGGAUCGUCCGCUGUCUAAUUCCAAGCAUCGAUCACUUUUCCAAACCGAUGCAAAUGAUCCAAUGUCAUUUUUCAAACCAGCAAAUAAUUCCAAACCACCAGUUAAUCCAGCAGAUAUUUUGAAAAAAAACGAUAUUUUGAUGUAUUCAAAUAAGCCCAACAAUUAUAUUGAAAGUAUCAAGAAAAACGGUUUUCAUUUAUCAAAUAAUUAUUUGGUAACAUCUCCAGAUUCAAAUGGAGAUAUUAUUGGUUUAUGUUUGGUUGACUCAGAAACGUUUGAGGUGAACUUGGGUAAAGGAAAUGGUAAUGAUGAUGUGAUGAAGUUUGAAAUUAAGGAUCAUUUGGUAACGUUUCUGGAUCAUGUGUUACUGGUUUUCACCAAAGUUCAUCCAAAACCAGAACUAGUAGUUAUUGGACUCGGUAAGAGAAGUAGAAUGUUGAGUCCUAAGAAUAAAAACUGGUUUUCUAAUAUGGGCAUACAGCUAGAAAUUAGUGACUCUGUUAAUUCAGGACAGAUCUUUGAUUUGCUAAGUACGGAAAGACCAGGAGUUAUUGGAGCAUUUCUUUUACCUCCUAAUAUAUAG